UUCAGAUCAGAGCUCAGACUGGUUUCACUUCUCAGGAAGCGAUACUCAGAGGAGUUCAGCCUGCCUGGGAAACCUCCUCCUGCUCCAUCGGUCUGGAUCUACUGAAGGAUGUACUGGAGGAUCUACUGCAGGAUCUACUGAAGGAUCUACUGGAGGAUCUACUGGAGGAUCUACUGAAGGAUCUACUGGAGGAUCUACUGGAGGAUCUACUGGAGGAUCUACUGGAGGAUCUACUGAAGGAUCUACUGGAGGAUCUACUGGAGGAUCUACUGCAGGAUCUACUGAAGGAUCUACUGGAGGAUCUACUGCAGGAUCUGUAGUAAAGGACAGGUCACACACCCUGCCUCUCAUAAAGCUCCUCUCAGCACCGCUCGGUUCUGUUCAGAGAGAAGGAAAUAUCUGACUAACACUCAGAGGAGAAAUGUCUCAGAGAGGAGUUCAGCCGGACCUGGAAACCUCCUCCUCCUCAGCUGCAUUACAGAAACAUGAGUUGGUGGAGCCCUGCAGGGAGCUCCAUGAGAACAUCUGCUCCCAUCACCAUGAGGAGAUGAAGCUGUUCUGCCGCACUGAUCAGCAGUCUAUCUGUUACCUCUGCUCUGUGGAGGAACAUAAAGGCCACGACAUAGUGUCAGCUGCAGCAGAGAGGACUGAGAGAGAGAGAGAGCUGGAGGGGAGUCGACACAGCAUCCAGCAGAGGAUCCAGAUCAGAGAGAAGGAGGUGAAGCAGCUUCAGCAGGAGGUGGAGGCCGUCAAUCGCUCUGCUGAUAAAUCAGUGGAGGACAGUGAGGAGAUGUUCACCCAGCUGAUCCGUCUCCUAGAGAAGAGACGCUCCGAGGUGAAGCAGAAGCUCAGAUCCCAGCAGGACAGGGAAGUGAGUCGAGUCAGAGAGCUUCAGGAGGAGCUGGAGCAGGAGAUCAGGGAUCUGAAGAGGAGAAACGCUGAGCUGGAGCUGCUGUCACACACAGAGGACCCCCUACAGUUCCUGCACAGCUACUCAUCACGAUUCCUACAGUAUGCACGUGAGAUCACUCUGGAUCCAGACUCAGCCUACAGGGGGCUGAUGUUAUCACAGUGGAACAGGAGAGCUACUUUAAGGAGUAGUUUCCUGGCCUGUUCUUCUAUUCUCCCAGACAGAUUCACUGAUAAUGAGCAGGUCCUGAGCAGGGAGACUCUGACUGGUCGGUGCUACUGGGAGGUGGAGUGGAGAGGACUAGGAGGGGUUUCUGUAGCGGUAGCAUACAAGGACAUCAGCAGAGCGGGGGGUUCUGAUCAGUGUGUGUUCGGACGUAACGACAACUCCUGGGCGUUGGACUGCAACCAUCACGACUUUAAAUUUAAAGUCUGUGUUCGUCGCUCCUCCAGAGUGGGGGUGUACCUGGAUCACGGGGCAGGUGUUCUGUCCUUCUACAGCAUCUCUGACACCAUGACCCUGCUGCACCGAGUCCGGACCACGUUCACUCAGCCGCUGCACGCCGGGGUUCGGCUCUAUUACUUUCACGGAGACACGGCCGAGCUCUGUAAACUCAAAUAGACGGGGCUCCGUAAAAACUGCAUUUAGGUUUGCAGUCCUUCAUUUUAUUUUGUUGUCUUUGGUUUUUAAUGGUUUUAAUUUUAUAAUGUGUUUCUUCAUUUUUGUAAAGCAUUUUGAAUUGCCUUGUGUUGAAAACGUGCUCUAUGAAUAAACUUGCCUUGCCUUUGAAAUAGUCAACAGUAACAUUCAAUAAUAAGUAAACGUACCGUAGAAAUGUAAAACCAUCACUAUUACUAUUUAUUCAUUUGGAAAACAAAUAAUUAAAAGAAUGCAACAAAAUGCGAUAAAAAAACAUGAUGAAUUUUGGACCGUUUUGCUUCCCGCACAUGUCACCAUUAAAAACCUGUAGCUGGCAGAAGUCUCAUAAGUAUGUAAAGAAGCUGGGUGU